AUGGAUAAGCUUGUAGCCAUGUUGGACACCCAUAUGCGUGGUACAGAAAAAUGGAAGAGUGUGGUUGGACCGAAAACUGAAGAGAAUCUAAUGUCAAAUAUCAUGAGGUCCGAUCCGAUUAGUGUGUUGCCAUAUUUGGGGGGGACGUUUAAGGUGUUUACCGGGGAGGUUUAUUUGGUUGUGGAUAUCAAUCAACGUACGUGUACUUGCAUGACAUGGCAAAUGUCCGGCUUGCCGUGCUCCCAUGUAUGUGCUGUCAUCCGCACACUCAGACACGACGUGUAUGACUAUAUUGACCCAUGUUUUAAUGUCUCCACCCAACAUUUGAUUUACUCUGGUCAGUUUCAACCAUUACCAACACACAAUAUGCCGAAAGUUUGUGAGGAUGGGAGUUUGCAAGAUUGCGCCGACAACUUCUUUUCUACUCUCCAACCCCCUCAUGUCAAACGUCCUCCAGGAAGACCCCGCAAAGGCGCAUUGAGUCACAGUUUACUCAUAAGAGAGCAAUUCAUUGCUCUCGAUGCAAUGGCAUAG